AGAGCGGGUAUGGGGUCUUACAACCAGGGUCCACAACCCGGCCCUCAAAUCCCAGAGCGGGUAUGGGGUCUUACAACCAGGGUCCACAACCCGGCCCUCAAAUCCCAGAGCGGGUAUGGGGUCUUACAACCAGGGUCCACAACCCGGCCCUCAAAUCCCAGAGCGGGUAUGGGGUCUUACAACCAGGGUCCACAACCCGGCCCUCAAAUCCCAGAGCGGGUAUGGGGUCUUACAACCAGGGUCCACAACCCGGCCCUCAAAUCCCAGAGCGGGUAUGGGGUCUUACAACCAGGGUCCACAACCCGGCCCUCAAAUCCCAGAGCGGGUAUGGGGUCUUACAACCAGGGUCCACAACCCGGCCCUCAAAUCCCAGAGCGGGUAUGGGGUCUUACAACCAGGGUCCACAACCCGGCCCUCAAAUCCCAGAGCGGGUAUGGGGUCUUACAACCAGGGUCCACAACCCGGCCCUCAAAUCCCAGAGCGGGUAUGGGGUCUUACAACCAGGGUCCACAACCCGGCCCUCAAAUCCCAGAGCGGGUAUGGGGUCUUACAACCAGGGUCCACAACCCGGCCCUCAAAUCCCAGAGCGGGUAUGGGGUCUUACAACCAGGGUCCACAACCCGGCCCUCAAAUCCCAGAGCGGGUAUGGGGUCUUACAACCAGGGUCCACAACCCGGCCCUCAAAUCCCAGAGCGGGUAUGGGGUCUUACAACCAGGGUCCACAACCCGGCCCUCAAAUCCCAGAGCGGGUAUGGGGUCUUACAACCAGGGUCCACAACCCGGCCCUCAAAUCCCAGAGCGGGUAUGGGGUCUUACAACCAGGGUCCACAACCCGGCCCUCAAAUCCCAGAGCGGGUAUGGGGUCUUACAACCAGGGUCCACAACCCGGCCCUCAAAUCCCAGAGCGGGUAUGGGGUCUUACAACCAGGGUCCACAACCCGGCCCUCAAAUCCCAGAGCGGGUAUGGGGUCUUACAACCAGGGUCCACAACCCGGCCCUCAAAUCCCAGAGCGGGUAUGGGGUCUUACAACCAGGGUCCACAACCCGGCCCUCAAAUCCCAGAGCGGGUAUGGGGUCUUACAACCAGGGUCCACAACCCGGCCCUCAAAUCCCAGAGCGGGUAUGGGGUCUUACAACCAGGGUCCACAACCCGGCCCUCAAAUCCCAGAGCGGGUAUGGGGUCUUACAACCAGGGUCCACAACCCGGCCCUCAAAUCCCAGAGCGGGUAUGGGGUCUUACGACCAGGGUCCACAGUCCGACCCUCCAGUACAAAGGGGGAUACGGGUUUAUGA